CCAGAGCGAGCUGGGGCCCGAGCUGGGGAGCCGGAGACCCCGACCUCAGCCGGGCCUCAGCCGGAUCUAGGGGACCCGGGGUGCAGGAGAGUGCACAGGCAGGUGGAGCUCGAGCUCUGGAGCAGCCUUGCGGUCGCUGAACCGUUUGCGUUUCCUGAAACCGGAUCUGGGUGUUAGAGCCGCCCGCCCGCCGGCCGGCCCUGAACCAUGGAGCUGCGCGCGGAGCUGCUCAAGUCCGUGUGGUACGCGUUCACCGCGCUGGACGUGGAGAAGAGCGGGAAGGUGUCCAAGUCCCAGCUCAAGGUGCUGUCCCACAACCUGUACACUGUGCUGAACAUCCCGCACGACCCGGUGGCCCUGGAGGAGCACUUCCGCGACGAUGAUGACGGCCCCGUCUCUAGCCAGGGGUACAUGCCUUAUCUCAAUGCCCACAUCCUGGACAAGGCGGAGGAAGGUGCCUUCGUCAAGGAGCGCUUUGAUGAGCUGUGCUGGACGCUGACGGCCAAGAAAAACUACCGGCCUGAAAAGGGUGGGGCCGGCGUGGUGUCCAACCAGGAUGCCUUCCGCCUCUGGUGCCUCUUCAACUUCCUGUCUGAAGACAAGUACCCGCUGGUUAUGGUGCCCGAUGAGGUGGAGUACCUGCUCCAGAAGGUGUGCAGCAGCAUGAGCUUGGAAAUGGGCAGCGCAGAACUGGCAGAGCUGCUGACUCCGGACCCUCCCCAGGGAGGGGGACUGAGCGUCUGGCAGUUCCUGGAACUGGUCAACUCGAGCCGCUGCCUGCGGGGCGUGGGGCGAGACACGGUCAGCAUGGCCAUCCACACCGUCUACCAGGAGCUCAUCCAGGACGUGCUCAAGCAGGGCUACCUGUGGAAACGGGGGCAGCUUCGCCGGAGCUGGGCCGAGCGCUGGUUCCUGCUGCAGCCCAACAGCCUGAGCUACUAUGGGAGCGAGGAGCGGCGGGAGCAGAAGGGCAGCAUUGCACUGGACCCACAGUGCUGUGUGGAGGUGCUCCCGGACCGGGAUGGGAAACGCUGCAUGUUCUGCGUGAAGACGGCGUCGCGCACUUAUGAGAUGAGCGCGGCUGACACGCGCCAGCGCCAGGAAUGGACAGCUGCCAUCCAGACGGCAAUCCGGCUGCAGGUGGAGGGGAAAAAGUCCUUGCACAAGGACCUGAAGCAGAAGCGGCGGGAACAGCGGGAGCGGCAGGAGCGGCAGCGGGUGGCCCGGGAAGAGGAACUGGCCCGCCUGCAGCAGCUCCAGGAGGAGAAGGAGCGGAAGCUGCAGGAGCUGGAGCUGCUGCAGGAGGCCCAGAGCCAGGCCGAACGUCUGCUGCACGAGGAGGAGGAGCGGCGGCGGCAGCAGCAUCAGGAGAUGCAGAAGGCGCUGGAGGGGCAGCUGCGGGAAGCGGAGCAGGCCCGGGCCUCCAUGCAGGCCGAGAUGGAGCAAAAGGAGGAGGAGGCGGCCCGGCAGCGGCAGCGCAUCUCGGAGCUGGAGGAGAUGCAGCAGCGGCUGCAGGAGGCGUUGCAGCUGGAAGUCAAAGCACGCAGGGACGAGGAGGCCAUGCGUUCGGCCCAGACCAGGCUGCUGGAGGAGGAGGAGAAGAAGCUGAAGCAGCUGCUGCAGCUGAAGGAGGAGCAGGAGAUGAGCAUGGAACGUGCCCGGCGGGAGCGGCAGGAGCUCCGGCAGGAGAUGGAGUCGCAGAGCCGGAGCCUGCAGCAGGCCCAGCAGCAGCUGGAGCAGGUGCGGCAGGACCGGCAGAGGGCUGACGAAGACGUGGAGGCAGCCCAGCAGAAGCUGCGUCAGGCCAGCACCAACGUCAAGCACUGGAAUGUCCAGAUGAACCGGCUCAUGCAUCCCAUAGGGCCUGGAGACAAGCGGCCCCCGACCAGCAGCUCCUUCGCGGCCUUCCAGCCUCCGCUCCUCCCCCGGCGUGACUCCUCGCUGAAGCUGCUGCAGGCCCGCUGGGAAGACCGGGCCGGCGAGAGCCCGCGGCCCUGCCCCGGGGAGCUGCAGAGACCCCUCAACAACGGGGGCGGAUGCCCUCCCGGCCCAGCCUCCGCACCACAGGCCGAACCAGCAACCUAGGCCCCGUGGGGGCCGGACCUCCUUCCGGCCCCCGGCCCCGGGAGCGGGACGGCGUAAGGGGGCCGCGACGGCAUCCUGCUGGAUUGGGGUGCCCGAACUACAGGACGAGGGCCGGCCUCCGGCCUCCAAUCCCCAGCGGGCGGCCCUGCCACCCUCCACUCCGGGCCGGGUUCCAGACUGGUCGCUGCCGACGCCCGGGGGGACGGACGGAGGGAGGGAAGGAAGGCAGGAAACGGUCACGCUGAAGGGUGCCGUACCCCGGGCGGGGGGCUGGGAGCCCCGGACAUCGAGGGGGAUGUGAGGUAUCGGGGUGGCCGGAGAGAACUCCCUGCCCUUCUGCUGCCCGGCCCCGCCUCGCCCGACCUCAGCAAGGGCUGGCGCUCGUUCGGCCCCGAAUAAAACUCUGUGUCGGGAUCGAUGCAA